AAUUUAAUGUUAGACUUAGUAUUUGAAUGUAUGUCUCAAUAGUAUAUUAUAGUCAGUAAUGUAGUGAUUGACUGACUGUUGUGUUAUUGUUGUGUGAAAUGGACGACAAAAGUGUAAACAAUUAUUCAAAAAGUCUAAGUUUGCCGCCGAGCGGUCACAUCGGCGCCGCACUCAAUAUGUCCACAAUAGCACCGACUGGUGGCCUACAGACAGCCAAUGUAUUGAACGCCGCACAUCAGCCGCUGUCUAUUCACGCGACGUCCGUCAAUCCGGCGAUAGUACCGACUCUGGCAUCUCAGCCACCAUUGAGCGGCCAGCCAUCAAAUGCUGGUCCGAUUUCGGCUACUGGUCAGCAACAGCCACAGCAAUUGACUAUUAAGACGACCGGUCAGACCACGAUCAACAUGACGGCACUGUCGGCCGCACAACAGCAGCAGCAACAACAACAACAGCAGCAACAGUUCCAGCGCUUAAAGGUAGAGGACGCACUGUCCUACUUGGAUCAGGUUAAGUUUAAGUUCAACAAUCAGCCACAAGUCUACAAUGACUUUCUCGACAUAAUGAAAGAGUUUAAAUCACAGUCGAUCGACACACCCGGUGUCAUACAGAGAGUGUCCACACUGUUUAAGGGACACCCGGAGCUCAUUGUAGGUUUCAAUACAUUUUUACCGCCCGGUUAUAAGAUUGAGAUGCAUUCCAACGAUCAGGUAAAUGUAUCGAUGCCUAAUUCAUCCAACACUAUUAUCAUGUCGAGCGGACCAAUUGGAACAACAUCAACAAUCGUGACUGUACCUCAACAUCAGGUAUCAGUUAUUUUACCAAAAGGCAGCCAACCGGCCACCACAUUUACUACUACACAGGCGACUCACCAACAGGCCAUCAAUGUAGCUAUUAAUGCGGCCAAUCAGCGAACCGCUGCCACGACAGGCACCGCUCAUCACGACAUACCUCAUCAAACGACAACAACAACAACACAGCCGACAAGUAUGACAACAGGUGCUGGUGACCAAAGCAAUGCAUCGAUUGCCGCCAACGGUGCGGCCAACAGUACGGCUGCCGUGAACAACAACGCUACCCAACCCGUAGAGUUCAAUCAUGCCAUCAACUAUGUUAACAAAAUUAAAAACCGAUUUCAGGGACAGCCAGAGAUCUAUAAACAAUUUCUGGAGAUAUUGCACACGUAUCAGAAGGAACAGCGAAGUAUUAAAGAAGGUACAGCAAUUCACGGCCAAAAAAUGUUGACCGAAACCGAAGUGUUCACACAAGUGGCCAAACUGUUUCAAAAUCAAGAAGAUCUGCUCCAAGAGUUUAGCCAAUUUUUGCCGGACGCUAGCGGUACCGGCCCAAGUUUGCCGCCCGGAUCGCCGGCUCGUCAAAUUACAGGUAAUAUGCCCGUCACAUUUGGUCAUCCAUUGGCCCAUCAAGUUGACGGUUUGGUCACUCAUCCAGCUAAUAGCGAUCACACAACUGUUUUGACUAAGAAGCCAAACCCUGGCCGACCGUUGCUUAAUCAACCGUUUCAAUCGCGUAUUCAACCGCAAAAGCGAUCACAACAAGAGAGUCCUCAUCUUUCUGUUAAACGACAGAAAAUGACAUCACUUCGAGACGUGUCAUUAGCCGAAGCCGGAAAGUAUGGUUCGCUCAACGAGUUUGCUUUCUUCGAUAAGGUCCGCAAAGCAUUGCGAAGUCUCGAAGUUUAUGACAACUUUUUGAGAUGUCUUGUGUUAUAUAAUCAUGAAAUAUUGUCGCGCGUAGAGUUGGUUCAAUUGGUGACACCGUUUUUGGGCAAAUUUCCCGAAUUAUUGAAAUGGUUUAAAGAUUUUCUCGGCUAUAAAGAGGGUGCCUCCGCUUCAGUCAAUGCUGUUAACAACCAGAACUCAUUGACACCGAAACAUUCCAUGCCAUUAGAGGGUCUCUCCCAUCGAGUGGCCUCUAUUCGAGAGCGAGAACGCGAACGAAUGAAUUCUGAGAUGGGAUUGGAAAUUGACUACAGUUCCUGUAAACGAUACGGUGCUUCAUAUCGAGCUCUCCCACGCAACUAUGUUAAACCUGAGUGCUCGGGUCGUACACCACUUUGUCGUGAAGUGUUGAACGAUACUUGGGUUUCAUUUCCUUCGUGGUCAGAGGACUCGACAUUUGUUUCGUCACGUAAAACACAAUACGAAGAAUAUAUAUAUCGUUGCGAAGAUGAACGCUACGAAUUAGAUGUUGUCUUAGAAACCAAUUUGGCAACAAUUAGAGUAUUAGAAGCGGUCCAGAAAAAGAUGUCCCGAAUGACCGCCGAGGAUAGGGGCAGAUAUAAAUUGGACGAUACAUUAGGUGGUACUUCAUCUGUCAUUCAUCAAAAAGCUAUUAAAAGAAUAUAUGGAGACAAAGCACAAGAGAUUAUUGAAGGUCUCAAGAAGAAUCCUGCAGUUGCCGUACCACUUGUCAUACGACGGCUAAUGAUGAAGGAAGAGGAAUGGAGAGAAGCAUACAAACAGUUUAAUAAGAUAUGGAGGGAUCAAAAUGAAAAGUAUUAUCUGAAAUCACUCGACCAUCAGGGCAUCAGUUUCAAGCAAAACGAUAUCAAGUUCUUGCGCUCCAAAUCAUUGCUCAACGAAAUCGAAACCAUUUACGAGGAACGACACGAACAAAGUGAGACACAUCCGGAUGCCAUCGAUUCACAACAACCACUCAUGAGCUUUACCUAUAAAGACAAGUCGAUGAUAGAAGAGUCGUGUAAUUUAAUUAUACAUCACGUGAAGAGACAGACAUCUAUUCAUAAAGACGAUAAGCAAAAGAUUAAACAAUUAUUGCGACAAUUUAUACCCGAUUUGUUUGCCACACCAAGAGGUGAUCUAUCGGACGAUGAAAUAGAUGAUACUGAAGAAGAAAAAGAAAAAUCUGAUAAUUCAAUAACAAAACCGACCGAAAAUGUCAAACAAGGAGAUAAUGCCAACAAAGAGUCAACUGAUGCUACGUCUGGCAAUAAACCGGACAAAUCAGCAAAUGAAGAAAAGACUCAUCAAAUGUUGAACAACGAUCCCAAUGAAAUGUAUUCACUAUUUUAUGUUAACAACAAUUGGUAUUUAUUCUUCCGAUUGCAUUACAUUCUAUGCGAACGAUUGGCUAAAAUGUACGAAAGGGCUAACAUUUUGGCCGCAGAAGAAGCAAAGGAAAGACUCGAACGCAAAUCACAGACAUCGACAUCUCAGUCACUCAGACUGAGACCAAAUAAUGAAAUAGAAGUGGAUGAUUUUUUUCCAGCAUUUAUAGAUAUGGUAAAACAAUUAUUAGAUGGUAAUCUCGAUGCAAAUCAAUAUGAAGACAUGUUAAGGGAAAUGUUUGGUAUUUACGCCUACAUAGCCUUUACACUCGACAAAGUUGUUCAAAAUAUAGUCAGACAGUUACAACAUAUUGUUUGCGAUGAAACUUGUAUUCAAUGUACUGAUCUGUUCGGUGAGGAAACGAAAACUGGUGGCACAGGUGGCUGUUGUGCGACAGUCCAUCACAGACUUCUAGCAGAGGCUUCAUAUCAGAAGAAAAUUGAACAGUUAUUAUGCGAUGAAAAUUGUUUUAAGUUUAUCUUUUAUAAGACUGAAGGAAAAGUAACCAUUGAUAUGAUAGAUACAGAAUCUAAUGAUACGGGCGACGAGUCCGAUGCCGAAAAGCGGUCGCAUAGACCACUGUUUUUGAAUAGAAAUAUUCAAUCAUUUAAAUCGAGAACGAAAAAUGAAAGAGAAAAUCUGUUUGAUAGAGAAUCUGAAAUUAAAAGAAAUGAUAGAAAUAAUAAAGAAAAUGAAACAAAAGUUGACGACAAAGACAAAGACACGAAUAAAAGCGAAGAAAAGAUGGACACCAACUCUGAUGAGUCGCUUGAAAAGGCAUUGAAUACGACCGAUGUUUCCGAGAAUAUUGAGUGUAAGUUUGAUGUAUCGAAGUUUAAGUUAGUGUUUGUCCAAAGCGAGUCCGUUAUGUAUCGUAAAAAUUCCAUAUCUAAGGCCCGGAAGUCUCAUAAAAAAGUGACGCAAAGUUUGUAUACAAAGUUUAACAAAUGGCAUCAAAAGUGGUUACAAGCGAACAGCUCUGAAGCGCAACAAUCACUGCUCGACGAUUGGUUAUUGACCAGCGAUGACAACCUAUUAACAGCACUGAACGCCAUUACCAGCAGAAAGGAAACCAAAACGACAACAGCGGUGGCCAACGCUGCCUCACAACAGUCCAAAUCGACUGUCAGUCCUAAGUCGGUCAAAGUGGUCAACGAUAAAGAGGAUUCGACACCUUACCGAAGAUACCAUAAAUAUAAAGCCAUUUAAUAAUAAA